CGGUGGUGUAUAAGAUCGUGAGGUUUGCCUGCUCUCAGCUGUGCAACUCUCAUUGCACAGCUCUCCCUCGUUCUUCGUUCGCUCCUCUUCCUGAUUGAGGAAGGCUAUCAACAUGGGCCUCUUGCGCCUCUACUUCGGUCUGCUAGGCACUGCCGCCCUGACUUUUGCUGCAGUGAUCGGCGAUCGACAAACAUGUGCGCUCCCUACUACUUACAAAUGGACGUCUUCUGGACCGCUAGCUCAGCCUGGUAACGGCUGGAUCGCACUGAAGGACUUUACCAGCACCAUCUACAACGGACAGCACAUCGUAUACGCCUCUGAUGUCAACAGUGCGGGAAACUACGGCUCCAUGGUCUUCGGUGCCUUCACUGACUGGACCCAAAUGGCAACCGCAAGCCAGACAGCGACUAGUUUUGCCGCUGUAGCGCCUACACUGUUCUACUUCGCUCCGAAGAGCACUUGGGUCCUCGCGUAUCAAUGGGGACCGUACACCUUCUCCUACCGCACAUCCAGCAAUCCAACGAACGCAAACGGUUGGUCCAGCCCGCAACCACUCUUCACCGGCACCAUCAGCAGCUCAAGCACCGGCGCAAUCGACCAAGCUCUGAUCGGCGACAAUACCAACAUGUACCUCUUCUUCGCUGGCGACAAUGGCCACAUCUACCGCACCAGCAUGCCUAUCGGCAACUUUCUAGGCAGUUUCGGUUCCGCUUCCACCAUCAUACUGAACGACUCCACCAACAACCUUUUUGAAGCCGUGGAAGUCUACACAGUUAAAGGCCAAAAUCUCUACCUCAUGAUCGUGGAGUGCAUUGGAGCUAACGGUCGAUAUUUCCGGUCGUUUACGGCCACCAGUCUCGGCGGGACAUGGACACCGCAGGCCAAAUCCGAAAGCGCGCCAUUCGCUGGCAAGGCAAACAGUGGAGCUACGUGGACGAAUGAUAUCAGCUCUGGUGAUUUGGUGAGGACGAAUCCGGAUCAAACACAGACGGUUGACCCGUGCAACUUGCAGUUGCUCUAUCAAGGAAGGAAUCCGAGCAGUAGCAGCUCUUCGUACAACUUGGAGCCGUAUCGGCCAGGUCUACUUACUUUGGCAAGGUAGGAAAGUGAUUGCGCGAGAAGCGUGUCUGCUUCUGAGCCACCUGGUACAGGUUGAGCGGGUAGACGGUACGGUACGGUUGACAGAUGACGGACUGCACGCAGCCACUUUGGUUGUAUGUACAAAUCGGCACCUUCUCUGGCACCUCAUGGCGGGCAAGUAAAUGAUCCUUGCUUUUUACUCUAUGCAUCUCAGGGGGGAUGGAGCAGCCAAGCUUCAUGCCUUCGCAAACGCUAGCCCC